UCCCCUCUCUCUCUCCAUGAAACACAACAAAUAUUGACGGGGCCGGGGGAGUCAAUCAGCCCAGUGGAUUUUAACCUCUCCAGUCUGCCGCUCGGCUGCGUGUUCCCGAGCCUCUCUGCAGAAGGACUCCGAGCCGCUUGUUGUCUUUUUGUUAUUUAUGUGUAUUUGUGUCUGAGCCCACAGGCCUGGAAACAUGAGGCGUCUGCUGCUGCUCGCCGGGCUGCUGCUCCUCCAGCGGGGCCGCGGCUUCGAGUUCGUGAUCGAUGGAGAAUGGGAGGACGAGAUGUCACACACACGGGAUCACCGGGAGAGACACAAGAGAGCGGCGCUGACCAGCGAGGAGCAGGAAGACUUUGAGGCCAUCCGAGGAGAUGACCUCACCAUCAAGAGCUACAAGGUGGAGACUCGCAUCACGUCGCGCUUUGCCCACACCACCGUCCGGAGCUCGGUGGUCAACUCAGGCGCCAAGUCUCAGAGCAUCGGCUUCAACGUGCAGAUCCCCAAGCGGGCCUUCAUCACCAACUUCACCAUGAACGUGAACGGCAUCAUAUUCGUGGGCUCGGUGAAGGAGAAGACGGUGGCCAGGAACCUGUACGCCCAGGCCAAGGCCAGAGGAAAGGCGGCGGGCAUCGUCAGGGCGAACUCCCAGGACACGGAGACGUUUAAGACGGAGGUCUUCGUGCCCCCGGGCAGCAACAUCGAGUUCGAGCUCCACUACCAGGAGAUGAUGUACCGGAAGCUCGGCUCCUACGAGCACACGCUGCACCUGCAGCCCGUGAGGCUGGUGCCGCAGUUCCAGGUGGAUGUGUACAUCUUUGAGCCCAAGGGGAUCUCCAUGGUCCAGACCACGAACACCUUUGGGGACCAGUUUGCGGAGCUGAUCAAGGUCACGUCCACCAAAGACAAGGCUCACAUCUCCUUCAAGCCGAACCUGCAGCAGCAGAGGAAAUGCCCCAACUGCACCAACAACGCCGUGGACGGCUUCCUGACGGUGCAGUACGAUGUGACCAGAGACAGCAACGCCGGGGAGCUACAGGUGUCGGACGGCCACUUCGUCCACUUCUUCGCGCCCACCAACCUCUCGCCCCUUCCCAAGAACAUUGUGUUCGUCAUCGACAUCAGCGGCUCCAUGUGGGGCGUCAAGAUGAAGCAGACGGUGGAGGCCAUGCAGGCGAUUCUGGAUGACCUGACCAUAGACGACCACUUCAGCGUCAUCGACUUCAACCACAACGUGCGCUGCUGGAGGGAGGAUCUGGUCCCCGGGUCCUCCAUCCAGGUGGAGGACGCCAAGAUGUACAUCCGGAACAUCAAACCCAACGGGGGCACCAACAUCAACGAGGCCCUGAUGAGGGCGGUCCAGAUGCUGGUGAAGGGGUCCAACCAGGGGCUCAUCGACCCUCGGUCCGUCUCCAUGAUCAUCCUGGUGUCCGACGGAGACCCCACUGUGGGUGAGAUCAAGCUGAGCACCAUCCAGAAGAACGUGAAGCGCGUGAUGAGGGAGGAGUUCUCGCUCUUCUCGCUGGGCAUCGGCUUCGACGUGGACUACGACUUCCUGGAGCGCAUCGCCAUGGAGAACCGGGGCAUGGCCCAGAGGAUCUACGCCAACCACGACGCCGCGGAACAGCUCCGGACGUUCUACCGCCAGCUCUCCUCCCCUCUGCUGAGGAAGAUCACCGUCCAGUUCCCGGAGGACACGGUGUCGGACGUCACCCAGAGCCGCUUCGACAAGUACUUCAGCGGCUCGGAGCUGGUGGUGGCCGGCAAGGUGCUGCCGUCCGAGAGCGACACCCUGACCAGCUUCACCACCGCGUCCGGUGCCCGCAUGGACCUCAAUCUGGAGACGGAGGGGGACUUCACGGAGCUGGACACGGAGCUGUCCAAGCAGCAGCACUCGUUCACCGGCUUCGCCAGACAGAUGUGGGCGUACAUCACCGUGAAACAGCUGUUCUCUGAGAGGUCUCUGGCUCCCUCGGCCUCCAAGAAGAGGAAGAUCACCCAGCGCAUCAUGGCGCUGGCCGUGGAGCACCAGUUCGUCACUCCUCUCACCACGCUGCUGGUGGAGAGCGAGGACGGCAAAGAGCGGCUGCUGGCCGACUCCCCGAGGGACCAGAAGCACGGCUGCUGCAUAGGAAUAGGGGUAGGAGGCGGCUCGUCGUCCUCUCACAAGACUCCGCAGGUGGUCUACUCGGCGCCCCCCUGGGUCCAGGUGACCAUGGCGCCCCCCCCGAGUCAGGCUGUGAAGGGCCACGAGGAGUGGACCCUGCCGAAUCAGGUCAACUUAGUGGACAACGACCCUCACUUCAUCGUCCACCUGCCCAGAGAAAACAUGGACGUCUGCUUCAACAUCGACUCCACACCUGGAGACAUCCUGAACCUGGUGUCUGACAGCGGGACAGGCCUGGUGGUGAACGGCCGGCUGGUCGGCGCCAAGCGGGUUCACAAGAGCAAGCUGAGCACGUUCUUCGGCUCCAUCUCCGUCUACUACCAGCCGGACGGCGUCGGCGUGACCGUCGACCCCGCAGGCAUCACCAUGAGCGACGGCCAGAGCAACCACACCUUCACCUGGGGCGCCACGGCGGACAUCACUCAGGACGGCGUGAGGAUCUCCAUCGUGAAGAACUCCCACGUCUCCAUCGUGGUGAACCACGACGUCCAGGUGAUGGUGCUGCUGCACCGCGUGUGGAAGAAGAACCCGAUCAACGUGGACUUCCUGGGGGUCUACAUCCCCAACGAGAACCGGUACUCCCCCCUGGUCCACGGGCUCAUAGGCCAGUUCUCCAGAGAGCCUGAGGUGAGCGUGCACGACGUGCGCGAGGGGGUGGACCCCCUGAAGAAGGAGGCCAUCAUGGAGGUGAAGGGCAACCAGCUGCUGGUCACCAGGGGUUGGCAGAAGGACUACAGGCACGAUAAGCGCCGCGGCUCCAGCAUCUACUGCUGGUUCAUACACAACAACGGGAAGGGCUUCAUCGACGGCCACUACACCGACUACAUCGUGCCCGAGCCCCGCAGCUUCCUGCGGCCGCCGGAGACGCGUUCAGGUUCCCUGUGACGCGUGUUGCGUUCAGGUGCCCCUCAUGUGCAUAAAUGAAUGUUUCCCAAGGUUCUCUCCUAAUUAAGAAAAGAGAACAUGUGUUUUUGUUGUGUUUAUUCAAAGAACAUUUAAAAUGUGAAGAUCUUGAUUACUGAUAAUAAAAAAUAAAACUGAA